GGCCGUUUGACUUUGACAUAUAAAAUGCAUGCUGAUUUAUGUUGAUUUUUUGAGCUAACAUGUGUUUUUCUUCUAAAGAUUAUUUUUAAUCGAUCUAUCAACUUCAACAAAACAAAUAAUUAAGCUUCAAUAAUAAUGGAACAACCUCUAGUGCCUACCAAGCCGCCAGGUAAAAGUUGGCGCGAAAUAAAUCAAGAAAGAAAAGCUCUUAAGCGUCAGCGAAAUGAAGAGAAGAUUGUGAAGAGGGAAAAAAGGGUUUUAUUAGAGAAAGAAUUAGAAGAAAAAGUUAAAGAAGAAACGGAGAAAGAGAAGAAGUAUGCUGAGAUUUCCACUAUAAGUAUAGCGGUGCCGGGUUCUAUACUGGAGAAUGCUCAAUCAGCGGAGUUGCGAACGUACUUAGCUGGUCAAAUAGCCCGCGCGGCUUGUGUGUUUUGCGUGGACGAGGUGAUAGUGUUCGAUGAUAUUGGAGACCAAUUAAAUACGAAAAAAUCCAAAUUAGAAGAUGCUGAUGGUGUCAUAGUCGCCCGAAAAAGUUGCGUACAACUCGCCAGGAUUUUGCAGUAUUUAGAAUGCCCACAAUAUUUACGAAAACACUUUUUUCCAAUUCAUAAAGAUUUGGAAUUUGCUGGACUUUUAAAUCCUCUUGAUGCACCUCAUCAUUUGAGAAUGUCUAAUGAUUUUAAAUUUAGGGAGGGAAUAACAAUGAACAAGAAGGUAAAGCCGGGAAAAGGAUCACAAGUUAAUGUGGGUUUGUUGAAAGAUGUUUCAACAGAUAAGUUACUCAAUCCAGGCAUAAGGGUCACUGUCCGCAUGUUACCUACACCUGAGGGUAGUAAGAAGUUGAAAGGGAAGAUUGUCAGUCUGGCAACACCAAGGGCUGAAACUGGAGUAUAUUGGGGGUAUACAGUUAGAAUUGCCAACAGUCUGAGUCAAGUUUUCACACAGUGCCCUUAUAAAGAUGGAUAUGACCUUACUAUUGGCACAUCAGAUAAAGGGAAGCCAAUAGAUGAUAUGCCUGAAAAGCAGGUGGGCUACAACCAUGCAUUAAUAGUUUUUGGAGGCCUACAUGGUAUAGAAGCUGCAUUGGAAAGUGAUGAACAGUUACAAGUCAAUGAUGCCAGUUUACUCUUCAACCACUAUGUAAAUGUGCUUCCCAAUCAGGGUUCCAGAACAAUACGUACUGAGGAAGCGAUUCUAAUAGCCCUCACAAGCCUACAAACAAAAUUAAAAGCUAAAAAUGCUCCAAUGCUAUUUAAAGACACAGGAAUUGCUACCAGUUCCAUAUUCCCUCCACAAAAGGUUGACAAUACAAAUGCAGUUGCUAAUAAAAUAGAUUUAAGUAAAUUUGAUUAAAUAAAAAUAAAAAAU